CUCAGCGGCGCUAGCUAGCUAGCUAGCACGCAGGUGACUCGCCAUCGCAGGUGACGUUUGCUGUCGACGUCCACAGAAGGAAUAGUACUGUCUACCCUGCGGUGCACGUCAUGGUGAGGAGAUCCUCCAGAAAUGUUGGGAAGUACACGCUGACACACCAGUCCCACAAGAGGACCCGACGUCGGCCGCGUCCGACCCGGACCACGGUGACCCGGACCAUGGUGACCCGCAGCCAGCGGGCGGGUCUGCCGAGCGGCAGCUUCUUCCACCGGCUCCCGUCAGAGGUGUUCUACAUGAUCCUGGACAACCUGUCCGUGCUGGAGAGCAGUGUGUUCAGCAUGGUGUCCAAGGAAAUCAAUCAAUUCAUUUUGGACUACAUCUCAAGCCUGGCCUGGAAGAAUAAAACAAUCAUUCAAAGCUUUCAUCGCUCCACGUGCCUUCAACAGAAGUCCACUAUUGAACACUACAGAGACCUGGGUGUGUUGUUCAAGAGAUGCACCUUGUUGCUACCAACGAAGGACAGGUUAAAGUUUAUCUUUAGCCAGUUUUCACAGAUUCCCUGCUUCCUGUUGGAGCACUGUUUCACACCCGACUGCAUUGGCUUCUCCAGCUACGGAGUCUUCCUCCAGACACUGAUCGCAGGUUGGGACGAGCUGGAGUGCCACAGAGUGUUCAACUUCCUUAGUGACCUCACAAACCUGCUGCAAAAAACCGAGGCAGUUGUCACUGGAAAACCUGGUGUCAGGUGGUACCAAAAGCUGCAGCUCCGUCUAUUCUGCCGCCAUGUUCUGUUGGACCCAUGGCUGAACCAGCCAGAUUGUCAUUUCUGGCUGAUGCAGCUGCUGAAGCCUUGGCCCAUGGUCAGCCAGGCCAACUUGCUGUUCGUCCUCUAUGGACCUCUGAUGCCUGAGGGUAACCGUGAAACCUUCGGCUGGCAGGAUCUGGUGGAGAGGGGGCUGCCUCACAGCUCUCUGUGGGACAUGGCCAGGGCCGUCCUCCUGCUGUUCGGCAAACUAGAAGUCAAAGGCAAUAGCGCCAAUUCCCUGCUGGCAAUCUUAGAGGAGCUCAUCGUCAUUCCUCGGCCGUGGCAUGUGGAGAACGUGGCUCGUCUGCUGGUGCUGUGCGGCAGCAGUCUCUGCUACACCGUCCUAGCCAGCAAGGCCGUCAACGGGCGACUUCUCGAAGUCUCCAGACUGAUCGUGUACAUCAUACUGGUGUGUGAGAAGGACGGCUAUCACAUGACGUGGGCGGUGAAAAUGGUGCAGCAGAUCUGUAAGGUCUUCAGCACGGCUCCGGAAAGGUUCUGCUUCAUCCAGCAACUGGAGAGCAUGUUUUCAGAGGUCACCAGGGAGGUCUUUGAGUUGUCAGUGACAGGGAACCCUCUUGAGGACGGGGAGACUUUCCAGACAUUGUGCUUCCUCCUGGACUCCAGCGCUCGCUUCCACACUAAAUUCCUCCACAUGUUCCUCAAAUAGGACAGAGGGACACAGAGAGGAAGAG